CUGGUCACUGGGUCGGACAGCUACCGCGUGGCCACCACCACGGAUAAGGAUGAGAAUCAGAAGGAGUCACCCAAGAAGAAGGGAGCCAAGGACAUGGACGACCUCAAGAAGGAAGUUCCCAUCACGGAACACAGAAUGUCUGUUGAGGAGUGUUGCAGGAAAUACAACACUGACAUCGUGCAGGGUUUGACCAAUGCCAAGGCAGCAGAGUACCUGAUCAAGGACGGCCCCAACGCCCUGACUCCACCCCCCACCACCCCCGAGUGGGUCAAGUUCUGCCGCCAGCUGUUCGGCGGCUUCUCCAUCCUGCUGUGGAUCGGUGCCAUCCUCUGCUUCCUGGCCUACGCCAUCCAGGCGGCCACGGAGGACGAGCCGGCUGGGGACAACUUGUAUUUGGGUAUCGUGCUGUCGGCUGUCGUCAUCAUCACCGGCUGCUUCUCCUACUUCCAGGAAGCUAAGAGCUCUAAGAUCAUGGAGUCCUUUAAGAACAUGGUCCCUCAGCAAGCCCUGGUUAUCCGUGAGGGAGAGAAGAUGCAGAUCAACGCCGAGCAGGUGGUGGCAGGAGACCUGGUGGAGGUGAAGGGAGGAGACCGGAUCCCUGCUGACCUGCGCAUCAUCUCCGCCCACGGCUGCAAGGUGGACAACUCGUCCCUGACUGGUGAAUCCGAGCCCCAGACCAGGUCACCUGACUGUACCCAUGACAACCCCCUGGAAACCCGCAACAUCGCCUUUUUCUCCACCAACUGUGUCGAGGGAACCGCUCGUGGUAUUGUGGUGUGCACCGGGGAUCGCACAGUGAUGGGCCGCAUCGCCACCCUCACCUCGGGCCUGGAGACUGGCAAGACACCCAUCGCCAAGGAGAUCGAGCACUUCAUCCAAAUCAUCACGGGCGUGGCCGUGUUCCUGGGCGUCAGCUUCUUCAUCCUGUCCAUCGUGCUGGGCUACUCGUGGCUGGAAGCCGUCAUCUUCCUCAUCGGCAUCAUCGUGGCCAACGUACCUGAGGGACUGCUGGCCACCGUCACUGUGUGUCUGACUCUGACCGCCAAACGAAUGGCGCGUAAGAACUGCCUGGUGAAGAACCUGGAGGCCGUGGAAACUCUUGGCUCCACCUCCACCAUCUGCUCAGACAAGACGGGGACACUGACCCAGAACCGGAUGACCGUGGCCCACAUGUGGUUCGACAACCAGAUCCACGAGGCCGACACCACCGAGGACCAGUCCGGCUCCUCCUUCGACAAGAGCUCCCUCACGUGGUCGUCUCUGGCCCGGGUCGCCGCCCUGUGUAACCGCGCUGUGUUCAAGGCCGCUCAGGACGCUUUGCCCAUCCUGAAGCGUGACGUGGCCGGAGAUGCUUCGGAGUCGGCCCUGCUGAAAUGCAUUGAGCUGUCGUGUGGCUCAGUGAAGGUCAUGAGGGAAAAGAACAAGAAGGUGGCUGAGAUCCCCUUCAACUCCACCAACAAGUAUCAGCUGUCGAUUCACGACACGGUGGAAGGAGAAAGCGAGAGCAGCUACCUGCUGGUGAUGAAGGGAGCGCCAGAGAGGAUCCUGGACCGCUGCUCCACCAUCAUGGUGCAAGGCAAGGAGCAGCCCAUGGAUGAGGAGAUGAAGGAGGCUUUCCAGAACGCCUAUCUGGAGCUGGGAGGACUGGGAGAGAGAGUACUGGGUUUCUGCCACGUGUUCAUGUCCGAGGAGAAGUAUCCCAAAGGUUUCGCCUUCGACACCGAUGACGUCAACUUCCAGACGGACAACCUUUGCUUCGUGGGCCUCAUGUCCAUGAUUGACCCCCCCCGCGCCGCCGUGCCCGACGCCGUGGGCAAGUGUCGCUCCGCCGGCAUCAAGGUCAUUAUGGUGACUGGAGACCACCCGAUCACAGCCAAGGCCAUCGCUAAGGGCGUCGGCAUCAUCUCCGAGGGCAACGAGACGGUGGAAGACAUCGCUGCUCGCCUCAACAUCCCCGUCGCCCAGGUCAACCCCAGAGACGCCAAGGCCUGUGUGAUCCACGGCACAGAUCUGAAAGACCUCUCUCAGGACCAGAUGGACGAUAUCCUGAGGAACCACACAGAGAUCGUCUUUGCCAGAACUUCCCCUCAGCAGAAACUCAUCAUUGUCGAGGGCUGCCAGAGACUGGGAGCCAUCGUGGCCGUGACAGGAGACGGAGUGAACGACUCUCCGGCCCUGAAGAAGGCCGACAUCGGGGUUGCCAUGGGGAUCUCUGGCUCAGACGUGUCCAAACAAGCCGCAGACAUGAUCCUGUUGGACGACAACUUCGCCUCCAUCGUCACAGGAGUAGAAGAAGGCCGUCUCAUCUUUGACAACCUGAAGAAGUCCAUCGCCUACACGCUGACCAGCAACAUCCCAGAGAUCACCCCCUUCCUGUUCUUCAUCCUGGUCAACAUCCCUCUGCCUCUGGGCACCAUCACCAUCCUCUGCAUCGACCUGGGAACCGACAUGGUCCCUGCCAUCUCUCUGGCCUACGAAGCAGCCGAGAGCGACAUCAUGAAGCGUCAGCCCAGGAACCCACAGAGAGACAAGCUGGUCAACGAGCGACUCAUCAGCAUCGCGUACGGACAGAUCGGAAUGAUCCAAGCCCUCGGAGGAUUCUUCGCCUACUUCGUCAUCAUGGCUGAAAACGGUUUCCUGCCGUCGGUGCUGGUCGGGAUCCGGCUCAACUGGGACGACCGCUCCACCAACGACCUGGAGGACAGCUACGGACAGCAAUGGACCUACGAGCAGCGCAAGAUCGUGGAGUUCACGUGUCACACGGCGUUCUUCGUCAGCAUCGUGGUCGUGCAGUGGGCCGACGUCAUCAUCUGCAAGACCAGACGCAACUCAGUGUUCCAGCAGGGCAUGAAGAAUAAGAUUUUGAUCUUCGGCCUGUUUGAGGAAACAGCGUUGGCUGCGUUCCUGUCCUACUGCCCUGGGAUGGACGUGGCUCUGAGGAUGUAUCCACUCAAGCCGAGCUGGUGGUUCAUCGCCUUCCCGUACAGUUUCCUCAUCUUUGUUUACGAUGAGAUCCGAAAACUCAUCCUCCGCCGAAACCCCGGAGGCUGGGUGGAGAAAGAGACGUACUAUUAA